AUUUUGGAGGCCUCCCCUUUCUUGUUACCUUUGACCCACAUGAGGGUUGCCGAGAAAUUGUUAAACGGCAUUUUGCAUAGUGCAUCAUCCAAAAGAUUUAAGGUUACAGAGAUCUUUACAAGGAUCCAUCACGCCAGAUUACUUGUGCACUCUAAAGUUAGAAUACUCCAUUCGUUCACAAUGAGUCAAGGGGAAGAGGAAAAGAAAAAGCCUUUUAAAAGAUUGCCAACUUCAGUGGUACCAUCAAAUUAUGAAAUAAAGUUGCAACCAAAUCUUCAGGAUUUCAAGUUCAAAGGCAGUCAAAUAGUGGAUUUGGAGGUUAAAAACCAGAUAAAGCAAAUCACACUUAAUUCAGUUGACAUAGACAUUUCAGAAGCCUACUUGAAUGCUGAAGGGUCAGAUCUGAAGUCAUCAAAGAUAAGUUAUGAUACCGUAGCUGAAACUGCCACUAUCUCAUUUCCUUCACCUAUUCCUAAUGGAAAUGCUAAAUUAAUUUUGAAUUUCACUGGAGAAUUGAAUGACAAGAUGAAAGGGUUUUAUCGCAGCAAGUACAAAGAUCUCAAUGGUGAAGAAAAAUAUUGUGCUGUUACUCAAUUUGAGGCAACAGAUGCAAGACGUGCUUUCCCUUGCUGGGAUGAGCCUGCAAUCAAAGCAACGUUUGACAUCAAACUGGUAGUACCAAAGACUGGUGUCGCUUUAUCCAAUAUGAAUAUAAUAGACGAAAGUGACUUUUCUGAGGAUGAAAACCUUAGAGUUUUGACAUUUGCAAGAACACCUGUCAUGUCAACAUAUUUGGUGGCAUUUGUGGUUGGUGAAUUUGACUAUGUUGAAGGUCACACAGAAGAUGGCAUUCAAGUGAGGGUUUAUACACCUCUUGGAAAGGCAGAGCAGGGUAGAUUUGGACUUGAGGUUGCAAUAAAGACUCUCCCAUUUUACAAAGAUUAUUUUGGAAUUGGUUAUCCUUUGCCCAAAAUGGAUCUUAUUGCUAUUCCAGACUUUGCGGCAGGUGCAAUGGAAAACUGGGGAUUGAUCACAUACAGAGAAACUGCAUUGCUUGUUGAUCCGGAACAAUCGUCAGCUGCCAUGAAGCAAUGGGUGGCUCUUGUUGUAGGACACGAGACGGCUCAUCAGUGGUUCGGAAAUCUUGUAUGUUAAGAAUGGUGGACACAUUUAUGGCUGAAUGAAGGCUUCGCAUCUUGGAUAGAGUACCUCUGCGUUGACCAUUGCUUCCCAGACUACGAUAUUUGGACUCAGUUUGUCACAAAUGAUUUUGUUCGGGCGCUGUCACUUGAUGCCCUAAAGAACAGUCAUCCGAUCGAGGUAGAAGUUGGCCAUCCUUCUGAAGUAGACGAAAUAUUCGAUGCCAUAUCAUACAGCAAAGGAGCUUCUGUAAUUCGUAUGUUGCACGAGUAUAUUGGAGAUGAGGAUUUCAAGACUGGUCUUCAUAACUAUCUCACAAAAUACCAAAACAAGAAUGCCCUUACUGACGACUUAUGGGAAAGUCUUGCUCAUGCUAGUAAGAAACCUGUUGGUGAUGUCAUGAAUACAUGGACGAAACAAAUGGGAUUCCCCGUCCUAACAGUUUCGAUGCAAAAGAAUGAAAAUCUAUGUAUUUUACAAGUUAGCCAAAAGAAGUUCACAGCAGAUGGCUCAGUUUCAGAAGAUGACGAAAAGUACAAAUGGCUGGUGCCUAUCACAGUUUGCACCAGUGACAACCCAGCAAAAGCGGCGGUUAAGACAUUGCUUACUGACAAAGAGAUGGUCAUCUUUGUCAAUAACGUACCAGAAGAUUCUUGGGUGAAACUCAAUCCUGGCCAAGUUUGUUUUUACAGGGUGAAUUAUGCAACUGAAAUGCUGGAUGCCCUCAUACCUGCCAUCAAAGACCAGUCAUUGCGGCCUAUUGAUCGACUUGGAAUUCAAAAUGACUUGUUUGCAUUGACACAAGCUGGAUUGAAGAGCACGGUCGAUUACCUUCACGUGGUUUCAGGAUUCGCCUCUGAGACGAACUAUACCGUCUGGAAUGACGUCAUUUCAAACUUGGGCAAACUGAGAAUUCUAUUUCAGUACACUCCUGCUAUCAAAAACUUCCAGAAUUUCUGCCUCAAGCUACUCACUCCUAUUAAUGGAACUGUUGGUUGGGAAAAGCAGCCUGGGGAAGGUCAUCUCACUGCAUUGCUGCGUAGCAUGGUAAUUGGAAUGCUUGGACGCAAUGGGCAUGAGCCAACCGUGAACGAAUGCAGAAAGAGAUUCGAAGAACACUGCGCAGGAACAAAUGAAAUACCGGCUGACCUUAGAGGAGCUGUUUAUGGGACUGUCAUUGCCAACGGAAAUGUCGGAGAUCUGGUUGCGAUGAUUGAACUGUACAGAAAAACGGAUCACCAGGAGGAAAAAGUCCGUUUGAUGAGGUGUAUGGGAGGAUCUGAGGAUAAAAUUAUGAUUGAGCGGGCAUUGUCUUUUGCUAUGUCGGAUGAUGUAAGGUCGCAGGACACAGUAUUUGCAAUCGCCGGCUGCACUGACAGUGUCCAAGGGCGUUGGCAGACGUGGCAGUUCGUUAAGGACAAUUGGGAGGAGCUUCACAAGAGAUAUCAAGGAGGAUUUCUGCUUGGCCGUCUCAUCAAGUCAACGACAGAAAAUUUUGCAUCAGAAGACAUGGCAAAGGAUGUCGAGGAAUUUUUCAAGACUCACAGCGCGCCAGCGGCGGAAAGAACUAUCCAGCAGAGCUUGGAAGCAAUCCAUCUCAACAAGAACUGGCUAACUCGUGACGAGGACUCUGUCAAAAAAUGGUUAGAUGAGAAUAUCUAAUUAAAAGCCUAGAUCAAUAGUCGAUGUUGUGAUGUCUGUAUUAGAAAUGAAAUGAAAUACAAACAGCAUUGCA